GAACAUAUAAAACAUCAGUCAAUAAGUAAUGUUCGCUGAGCACUAGCGUGCCCUUUUUGCUUGCUUGCGAGCCACAGCCAUUUGGAAACUUGACCGAGGAAGGCAAAAUAUCAACCACAUCCUUAAGUAAUGAGAUAUCUCCGGUCAUAUGAUGAGAGGCUCCAGUGUCAAUAAUGACAUCUUUGAGUGUUGGUUUACCGGAUAGUUUCUCCGUUGAUAUGGUCGACUUUGAGUUUUGAAGUAGUUGUAGAAGCUGAGUUAUCUGACCGAUUGGAUCACUUAGUUGAUUUGCUGAAUUGGUUGAAGUUGUAUUGUUUGAAACCGCUCUAACUGAAUUGGAGCGCCCACGGCCACGGUUGCCGUUGUUUGAAUACCUUCCUCCUCGACCACGCUGAGACGAACCAGAGGAAGAACCCCCUGAAGAGGAGGUAUUUUUAUGUUCAUACCACAAGUCAGGGAACCCGUGAAGAAGAAAACAUUUGGAUUUGUCAUGUCCUUUCCGAGACCAAUGCGUACAGGUUCUGUUAGGAUCACUGAAGCGAUUUGUCACGGCUGUAGAUUGAAGAGAGUCAACCGGAGGUGUAUCGGUGUGAGCAUGAAAACCAAUUGCCUCUGUUUUCACAUCCUUAGACCGUGCAGAGUUAUUAUAUUACUCUUCUCGGAUUACUCUGGAGUAGACAUUGUUUAAAUCUGGUAGAGGAUCCUCAUCAAUGAUCUGUGAUCGGAUGUUUCGAAAACGCGAUUCGUCGAGGCCAAAAAGGAAUUUUUGAACGCGUAUUUCUUCUCUUUCUUUCUCUAUUUCCGAUGCCGCUUCACACGAACACAACCGAGGAGUUUUGAGAUUGUCUAGUUCUUCCCAGAGUUUCGCGAGGCGGCCAAAGUAUUCGAUCACCGUCUGACCAUCCUGUUGGCAUGUAUUGAUCUCGUCACGAAGUAGAUGAAUACGAACUCCGUUCUUAACGGAAAAACGGCGUUGAAGAUUAUUUCAUAAUUUAUGAGCUUCUGGAACAAACGUCACAGUAUAACGAAUCUUCGGAUCUAUGGAUGUUCUAAUCCAACCGACUAUCAUUGAGUUUGUAGCUUGCCAUCGAGAGAGAUCCGGUUCCGUAAAAGGUUUCGGAACUGUCAACUGUUCCUUCAAUGAAACCUAAUUUUUGCUUUGCUUGAAUCGAGUUGGAGAGUUCGGUAGCCCAUUCUGUAUAAUUAUCUCCUUUGAGCAAAACCGAUGCGAUUAAAGAUCCAGGAUUGUCUGAAGGGUGUAGAUAGUAUAUUCCCGAAGGAGCAGUAGUAUUAGAAGAAGAUAUAUUUGUAGAAGACAUAGCGUCUGCCAUGUUUCUUGGGGUAGAAGAAAAAAAUUAGGGUUUAUGAAUCUUUUUGCUCUGAUACCAUAUAAGUGUUUAAAGAAGUACUUUGUGUUGUUUAUUAGAAUAGCAAACGCUGAGUAUUUAUACAAGAGAAUAAGCCUAUAACGAUAAGAACCAGAAUUAAACCAUGAUUAACUAAAUAUAGUUAAGACUUAUCCUAAUAAUAAUCUGACUGCUAAAGGAGAAAGAGUGCUGGAGAUUGGUGUUGGUACAGGUCCUAAUCUGAAGUACUACGCAAGUAAUGAAAUCGUCUGCGUUUUCGGUAUGGACCCAAAUCAGAAAAUGGAAAAGUACGCUUGCGAAGCUGCUAGAGAAGCCGGACUGAAACCUGAAAACUUUAGAUUCAUGCAAGGAGUAGGAGAAGCUAUACCAUUAGAUGAUAACUCUGUGGAUGCAGUCAUUUCAACACUUGUCCUGUGUUCUGUCCCAGAUGUUAAGCAAACACUUCAAGGUAAUUCCCAUAAACCUCAAAAGAGAUCAUCUGAUAAUAUCUUCAACCAAGUAUUAUUUUCAGAGAUCAAGCGGGUUCUGAAACCGGGUGGGAUAUUUCUGUUCAUCGAGCACGUAGCGGCUGAAGAUGGAACUUUUUUCAGGCAUGUCCAAAAUGUAUUGGAUCCACUACAGCAAGUGGUUGCAGACGGAUGUCAUCUGACAAGAAACACCGGCUUAUACAUUGCCGGUGCUGGUUUUAGUGGUGGCGCUGAGAUCAACACUCCGGCAAUGUAUAGCUUCCCUUGGAUAAUUAGACCUCAUGUUUAUGGAGUUGCGUAUAAGUAACUAUGCAAGUAAGAUGCAAAAGGUGUGUAAUUUCAUGAUCGUGUGCUAAAUUAUAUUUUCAGAACUCUCUUGUAUUAAGCAACUUCUUGUUAAUUUGUGGCAAUUUUCUUGGACUCCUUAAAAUAAUUAUGGUGUAGCCGUGUAGUGGUUGGAUUUCAUCAAAUCAACUUUCUGUCUUGAUAAAA